AUGUCCGACGCGGGCGGCGGAAAGAAGCCGCCUGUGGAGCCGCAGGCGGGGCCGGGCCCGGGCCCGGGGCCGGGGCGCGCAGCUGGGGAACGGGGCCUGCCGGGCUCCUUCCCGCUGGUGCUGAAGAAGCUGAUGGAGAACCCCCCGCGCGAGGCGCGCCUUGACAAGGAAAAGGGGAAAGAGAAGCUGGAGGAGGACGAGGCGGCGGCCGCCAGCACCAUGGCCGUCUCGGCCUCCCUCAUGCCGCCCAUCUGGGACAAGACCAUCCCGUACGACGGCGAGUCUUUCCACCUGGAGUACAUGGACCUGGACGAGUUCCUGCUGGAGAACGGCAUCCCCGCCAGCCCCACCCACCUGGCCCAGAACCUGCUGCUGCCGGUGGCCGAGCUGGAGGGGAAGGAGUCGGCCAGCUCCUCCACGGCGUCCCCACCGUCCUCCUCCACUGCCCUCUUCCAGCCCUCUGAGACCGUGUCCAGCACAGAAUCUUCCCUGGAAAAGGAGAGGGAGACGCCCAGUCCCAUCGACCCCAACUGCGUGGAGGUGGACGUGAACUUCAAUCCCGACCCGGCUGACCUGGUCCUGUCCAGCGUGCCUGGUGGAGAGCUCUUCAACCCUCGGAAGCACAAGUUUGCCGAGGAGGACCUGAAGCCCCAGCCCAUGAUCAAGAAGGCCAAGAAGGUCUUCGUGCCCGACGAGCAGAAGGAUGAAAAGUACUGGACGAGACGCAAGAAAAACAACGUGGCGGCAAAACGGUCCCGGGACGCCCGGCGCCUGAAGGAAAACCAGAUCACCAUCCGGGCGGCCUUCCUGGAGAAGGAGAACACGGCGCUGCGCACGGAGGUGGCCGAGCUUCGCAAGGAGGUGGGCAAGUGCAAGACCAUCGUGUCCAAGUAUGAGACCAAGUACGGGCCCUUGUAACCCGUGCCCCUCCCCCGGGCGGGGCGCCGCCUCACCUCAGACCUCUGCCUGGGGCUCCCUGAACCCCACCCGUGCGUGGAGACUUAGGACUCGUCCUGGGCGCGUGGCGGCGCACCUGCCCCCGGAGCAUCCACGUCUCAGCUUCCUUAUAACACAGCUGGCGCUCGCGGGCCUUCCCGGGGGCCGGCCUCCCUCUGGCUGGAGCACAGAGGAUCCACGUCGCCGGGGAGCGGCCUCGGUCUCUGUCCCUGGAUGUCCUGGUUGAAUCGGAAGGGACCUCUGGAGAGCAGAUCUUUGCCAGGGUGCUCGGGCUUCCCUGGACUCCCCACGCUCCCGGCCCGGGCUGCUGAGGGCUGUCUGCAGAGUGAGCUGUGAUCCUGUCACCCUCACGUCUUCUCAGGUCACAGGGCUUGCACCCCACCAUCCCCAAAGAGCCUUGGAGAGACGCGGCCACUCUGCACUGCGUGGAGGUGGAAGUGUUGGCAUGUGGCAGCCACAGGAGGGGGUCCCUGCACAGCCUGAGGUGGGCUUGGUUGUGGGCCUGCAGCAGGAGGGAGCCCAGACCCUUUUUCUCUCGUGGCUGUGGCCUGUGGUCUGCAGGCCCAGCAAUGGGCUUGCCCCACAAUGCACCUGCUGUGGAGGCUCCCGAGCCUGUGCGAGGAGGGCUUCUCUCGGAGGCCACCUCAAUCUCUGUCUAUCCCACUAGACGGGGCCUCUGGGCCUACCGUCCCUUCCACCCAGUAACCCAUCUACAGUCUCGCAUUUAGAAAAGAAGGCCCCUCCCCGCAGGAGGCUUCACUUCCUGGACCAGGAUGCGGCCCGGCCUCGCCGCCCUCCGUGUGGGCACCGGGCGGCCGCGAUUCUUGAGAAGUCCCCUUUUUAUUGCUCUGCCUACCUGGAGGGCAAGGAAGCCCCGGGUCUCCCUCGGGGAUCCUGGGCGAACUGCCCAGAGGGUGGCAGCAGGGCAGGGCACCUCGUCAGGGAUCAUCGAGGACAUGGCACCACUCUCUCGGGACAACAGGCUCUUGGGACAUUUACACGGGACUGGAGUCCCCCCCGUCAGGAGACGGGGCCACCCGCUCGAGCCUGGCUGUGCCGCGGAGGGAGUUACACAGCUGUGGCGGCCUCUGCGUCCCAGCUGCUCCUGGGGUCUGGUCGGAGCCACCCUGCUCUGCACAGAAGAUUCACCGAGGAAGUCCGUGGACCCUCUGCUCCUUGGGGUCAGUGGGGUACCCUGCACGGGGGUGUUUAUUUGCUCAGGGCGGGCAGCCUGUGGUGAAGAGGAGACGGCACCCUGUGUCGUACCUAACACUGGCUUUAUUUAAAGUCGGGGCUCAGUCGCAGCCCCGACCCUGAAGACUUUUCAUAGCAGAUGUUAAGACCAGGGAAGCCACCCACUGGCCGUGGACUACAUCCCAGGGGGACGCCCAGGCCCCCGGGGACCUGCACACCCACUUCUCCAGGGGACUUGACAAGGGUCCCUGAGGCCAAAGGAGGCCACCCCUCCCGCCAGGCCCCGGUUCUUCCUCUGUGGUUCUAGAAACACCGUGUACACACUUUCCACUCUGUUGUAACCCCAGGGCAGUUGCACCCAGCAUGUCCGUGUCUGCCCUGGGCCACCGCCCACCCGGGCACCCCUGCUCUGGCUACUCACCAGGAGGGCAGCUCUCCUUUGGAUAUUGGUGAAAGAGCCUUGAGCUUUCAAGUUGUUUGUUUUUUGGCUAGAAAGUGUAUGGUUUGUGUUUCUCCAGUUUUACUUUUUUUAAAGGAUAGACACUUUAGUCGCUGGGAGCGUCCACGUUCUGAUCCCAUGGUGGGACAGUGGCUCCGUGUGUGUCCUUUCGUCCCGCCUCCUGUCUGCACGGCGCCCACCUUUCCUCCCCCCAGGCAGUGGGGUCUGGCUCCUUCCCAAAGCACUUCCUUGGAAAGCGUGUCCGUGCAGCUGCCGGACUGUGAGAAGCCCCUUGGAGUCAGGAGCUUGGGGGACAGGACGGGGACGCCCACAGAGGGUGACAUUUGGGGACAAAGUGCUCAGGUGAGCUUGUUUCCCUUGGGCUCGGCUCUGAGGCCUCACACGAGUGCUCAGCUUCUGUCAUGGAGGUGGGAGUCUCGACUCCGUCCUGAGCCUUUUCUCUCUCUCGGGGCCAACAGCCAGCCAAGGCGUCUGUGUUCAGAAAUGAGAAGCCAACCUGAGCUUGGCCCGCCAGAGGCUCACGACGGGCUGGGAAGUGCCAGCCACUCCCGAGCGUCCCGGCUCCGGCUUUGUGGCAGCCACAUUGCGAGAAUAUUCACAUAAUAAAUAUCUCUAGGAUGCAGACACGACGCUUGGAGGAGAGCGAGCUCUCCGGGCGGAUGGCCUUGUGGAGGGCCUGGGUCACUCUUGCUUCGCCUUCAUCUGGCUCCUGAGGCUGGGGGAGGCACGGAGCGUCAGCAGCUCCCACAGUCCUGCCCAAGGCCGGGCACGGUGUGGGGCCGGGAGGGCAGGCCUCUGCAUGCUGGGUGGUGCACCACUCGGGGCCCACCAAGGGCCGAGGAGCUCCUGGUUUCCACGGCAAAGCCCCCAGGGCUCCUUUAACAUCUGUUAAUUAAGUGCAAUAAAUUUUUU